AUGUGCGGCUCCAACGACAACGGCCUGCUUCUCCUCCGCACCUGCGCAGAACACCGCCUCACCCUGACGAAUACCUUCUUCUGUCUGCCGGAGCGAGAGAAGGCCACCUGGAGGCAUCCUCGGUCGCGUCAGUGGCACCUGCUGGACUAUGUCCUCGUCCGGAGGCGAGAUCAGCGGGACGUGCUGGUGACGAAGGCGAUUGCGUGUGCUGACGGGUGGACCGAUCAUCGCCUCGUCAUCUUGAAGAUGCGUAUUCGCCUGCAGCCUCGCAAGAGACCACAAGGUAAGCGACCCCCAGGUAAGCUGAAUAUUGCCUUGAUGUCUUUGCCCGCUCACCAUCUUCAUUUCAGCAAUGAGUUAGCUUGACGGCUAGACACCGCCGGCGCUUCCGAGAACGCCUCCGUGGAGAAGCGAUGGUAUCAACUGCGGGACACAGUCCAGUUGACGGCGCUGGCCGUCCUCGGUCGCGCAUGCCGCCAACACAAGGACUGGUUCGACGACAACGACGCCGUCAUUAGCAAUCUGCUCGCCGAGAAGAACGGUCUACACAAAGUCUACGUAGACCAGCCGACAGACGACGACAGAGCUGCCUUCUACCGUUGUCGUCGCCUCCUACAACAGCGACUGCUCGAGAUGCAGGACGCCUGGACGGCUCGCAAGGCUGAGGAGAUCCAAGGUACGCGGACCGCAACGAAUGGAAGGACUUCUUCUCCGCGAUCAAAGCUGCCUACGGUCCGCCGACCAAUGGCACUGCCCCUCUUCUCAGCGCCGACGGCAGCACUCUCCUCACUGAGAAAAUCCAAAUUCUACAGCGAUGGGCCGAGCACUUCCGAGACGUCCUCAACCACCCCUUCACUAUCUCCGACGCCGCCAUCGCCCGUUUUCCGCAAGUGGAGAAUAACGUGGACCUCGACCCCCCACAUCUCUCCAGGAAACCAUCAGGGUCGUGCAGUAGCCCUCUAACGGGAAGGCGUUCGGAUCGGACGCGAUCCCUGCUGAGGUCUACAGGCACGGUGGUCCCCAACUAA